AUGUCACAAAUAGGAGAAAAACUGUUCCAAGAGCAAAUUAUGAUGAGACAUCUGAAGAUGAAUGCUUGUUCAUACGCACACGUGGAGUCUUCGUGGGAGACUAAGGAGUCUGUGAAAGAGAGCUCCGGUCAGAGUAAGAAAUUCAGCCCACACAUGGACAGUCUUGGUCUUGAGAGUGCUCGCCAGCAGUUCCGGAGUUUCUGUUACCAGGAAGCACCUGGACCCCUUGAGGCUGUUCACCAACUUCAGGAAUUAUGCCAUCAGUGGCUCAAGCCAGAGAUCCUCUCAAAAGAACAGAUCUUGGAACUGCUGGUGCUAGAGCAGUUCCUAAACAUUCUGCCUAGGGAUAUUCAGAACUGGGUACAGAGGUAUCAUCCCCAGAGCAUCAAAGAGGUUGUGGCCCUAGUAGAGCACUUUCAGAGAGAACCUGGUGGAAUAAGUAAUGAGGUCACAGUCCAUGACCUGGGAAAGGAGGCAGUGCUCUUGGGAGGAACAGCAGAGGUCCCAGGCUUUAAGUGGAAGCCAGCAGAGCCCCAAGCAAUGGGUGUGUUCCAGAAAGAAUGUUGGGAUGCAUACCAGAGUUUGUUGACAUUUGAAGAUGUGGCUGUGCAUUUUUCCGAAGAAGAAUGGAAAUUACUGGCCCCUACUCAGAUGAUCCUCUACAAUGAAGUAAUGCAGGAAAACUAUGAGACUGUCAUCUCUCUAGGGUUAAAGCUCAAAAAUGACACUGGAAAUGACCCACCUAUGUCUACUUCUCCAUUAGAAAUACAAACAACAGGAUGCAAAGUAUUAAGAAAGGCCAGAAUGAAAGUUGCCCAGCAAACGACAGUCAAAGAAAAUCCUGGUGGUACACAUAAGGUACGGAAACGGCCUCGAGCUUUUCUGGGGAGAAAGAGAAAGAAACUUCCAACUUGUAAGCAAGAGCUUCCAAAACAUAUGGAUCUUCAUGGGAAAGGCCAUGCAGGAGAGAAACCUUUUAAAUGUCAGGAAUGUGGAAAAGGCUUCAGAGUUAGCUCUGACCUAAUUAAGCACCAGAGAAUUCACACUGAAGAGAAACCCUAUAAAUGUCAACAGUGUGAUAAGAGGUUUAGAUGGAGUUCAGAUUUAAAUAAGCACUUAAUGGCACACCAGGGAAUAAAACCAUAUAGAUGCUCAUGGUGUGGAAAAAGCUUUAGUCACAACACAAAUCUACACACACACCUAAGAAUUCACACAGGAGAGAAGCCCUUUAAAUGUCAUGAAUGUGGAAAAAGAUUCAUUCAGAACUCGCACCUUAUUAAACACCAAAGAACCCACACAGGUGAGCAGCCUUAUUCCUGUAGCAUAUGUAGGAGAAACUUCAGCAGGCGGUCAAGCCUUCUUAGACACCAAAAGCUCCAUGUGAGAAAGGAAUAA